GAGCACUGGCUGCGCAAGCGCAUCAAUGCGACCUGCGUCGUGUUGACCGCAGCUCCGACAUCAGUAGCCAUGGAGACGUGGUCGCGGACGGUCGUGCUGUUGCUGGUGACCACUGUUGUUACCUGCUCAGCACUCAUAAAUGAACUGCCGCCCGGAAAAGAAUGGCCUGCAAAUAACUCUGUAAAACAACCAUUUGAUGAUGACCCUGAAACGACAACAGUACUCAUUUUAUCAGAGAAGGAACCAUCGAUUCCUAUCGCUGAGCAUUUAGAUGAAGUCGAAGGACCUGAAGAAACUGUUAAUGAUGCUUCAUUGCAUGUUCUAAGAAGUACAGGACCUGAAAGUAAGGUAGACUACACAGGCGCACAAGUUUGGAAAGUUUCAACACAGAAUAAUAAUGUUAGGGGCGUUAUAUAUCGAUUGAGAAGACGAAAUUUGAUUUCUACGUGGGGUGGGAAUCAAUCCUCCAUUGAUAUACUAGUAAAGUCAAAUGCAGUUAAUAAUGUUACGAGGGUUUUUAAACGGGAGAGAAUUCCGAUUGAAGUGGUGAUCGAGGACUUGCAAAAGAGAAUCAACGAGGAGAACCCACCGCUUGAUCCAAAUGAAAUAGAACUUCAAGACCGUAGAGGUCAUCGUAUGACAUGGAAGCAAUAUCACCGAGUGGAAGACAUUCACGGCUUCAUGGAUUACUUGGCUAAAACAUAUCCGAAAAUUGUCAGCGUCAAUAGUAUUGGUAAAUCUUAUGAAGGGCGAGAUUUGAAGGUUUUGCGGAUAUCGGACGGUAAACCAACUAAUAAGGCCAUAUUCAUUGACGGAGGGAUUCACGCCCGGGAAUGGAUCAGUCCCGCAACUGUCACGUAUUUCAUUAAUCAGUUCGCAGAAAACUUCGACGUAGAGACUGAUGAUAUCAAAAAUAUUGAUUGGUACUUCUUGCCCGUUGUGAAUCCUGAUGGUUAUGAACAUACUCAUGAAUCUGACCGUCUGUGGAGAAAGAAUAAAAAGCCAAGUAGGACUACUGGACGUACUUGUAUAGGAACUGAUUUGAACAGAAAUUUCGGGUAUCGAUGGGGAGGCAAAGGUUCAUCUGGCAACCCGUGCAGUGAAAUCUAUCGCGGCAGUAGCGCUUUCUCUGAACCGGAGUCGAAAGCUCUAUCGGAUUUCAUCAAGAGCAGUUCGGCGAACUUCACGGCGUACAUAACGUAUCAUAGCUAUGGCCAGUACUUGCUGUAUCCUUGGGGAUAUGACAAUGCAGUGCCUCCAGAUUACAAGGAAUUGGAUGAAGUUGGCAACAGGAUGGCAUCCGCAAUAAGACAAACCCGUGGUUCAUCAUAUCAAGUGGGCUCUUCAAGUGGUCUUCUAUACCCAGCUUCUGGUGGUUCUGAUGAUUGGGCAAAGGGUCAAGGGAUCAAAUACUCUUUCACAAUAGAACUAAGUGACACCGGUCGCUAUGGUUUUAUUCUACCCACAUCAUUUAUUGAACCAGUUGCAAGAGAAUCAUUAAAUGGACUGCGAGUGUUAGCUGCCCAAGUAGCUAAACUAUAAUUUACUUUAGAAUAAGCAGCAUUUAUUAGUUUGUAAAAGCUAUUUAUUAAUUUAAAAAAA